GAAAAUACGAUGAGUGCUAGCCAACAAUGGCCAACAAAGGGUUUCGAUUCAGCUCCAAGCACCAGCAAAUCCUUUGUAUCUGCCGUAAUCUCCUCUGCAGGCGUGUAUAUAAGUGACAGACGUUUCGACGAUUCUUCAGUACCUUUUCAUUCUUUCCUCCAUCUCAUCGCGUAGCUUGAAGCUCGCCCAAUAACCUUCUCCCAACCACGUUCUUUGCAAUCCGAGUCCAACACAGAACCUGCUGUCUUCAGCUGAAACGCGAUGCCACCUUCGACUGUCCUCAAAGCUGCCCUGUCUUGCUGUUCCACAAGCCCAGCUUGUUCAAUAUGUCCUCCCAGUCUUCCCAACAUGUCGAAACAUCCCGUCGAGAAAAUUCGAGGCAAAAGCAACAGCAGAGGGUUCGACUACGACAAGAGGCACUGUCCCGGCCUCUACGAGAGAGAAUGGGCAUCCAUCGAGGAUUUCCAGACUUGGCUUUUGAAUGAACAACGUGUUCAUGGCAUCAAGUUCGUCGUGUUUACCAGCCUUGAGAACGUGGCUCCUCCCAGGAAGCGUACGUGGCUGGCGGAGCAUAUCUUUUACUGCUCCCGUCACAAACGAUGCAUACCCAAAUACGUCGGUCCUAACAAGUCCAAGUCCAUCGAAGACAAUUGUUUCUGCUCCGUCAGAGUCAAGACGUAUCCGGACACCCCGAUUGUUCAAGGAUAUUAUAGUGAUUACCAUUCGCAUCCUCUUGGCCCAGCAAAUGCUACGCUCUCUGAGAAGCUAUUCUCUUCUGUCCGCACGAAGCUGAGUCGCGGUGCGAGCAAGUCAGAUGUGCCUGUUCAAACCGAUGAUACCCGCGAUGAAUUCACGAAGGAGUACGAUAGCAGUGUAGAAGUUUGGCGUCCAGAAAGCGCUUUAUAUCUCGAUGUCCCGGAUCCUUUUGCCUCUAUGUCGAUGAUCGAUGUUCACCCGAAGUACAUCCAGGACUAGCAGGAAGAGUCGGAAGCGAGUAUGUCAGAUAUGGAGUGUCUGAGGACUUCUUGUCGGCGAUUAUGACAC